GUCAUAGCACAAUGAGGCAGAACUGUUUGAAAAAAAACAUCCUCACGGAGGAGCUCGUCUCGAUACAACAGUGAUGAUGUACCUCGAUGCGUGAUUUAAAAAAAGUCUAUGCUCUUCGUUUAAAGACAAUCUAAAAUCAUCGUUCAUUCCAAACUCCGAUAGUAUUUGCAGCUUGCCUUUAACCGAUUUUUUCCCCCUGUUUUGUCAACAACCUGAGGGAGACUAGUUAGCCUCUGAGCUAACCGAGAAGCUAACUCCUCGAAGACAAGAAGCAACCAGUUUCGUUUAACGAAAAGCACAAAAACGACUUCAAAGAGAAAAUAGUGGACAUUAACUGGAUCUUGGACUGUUUUAUUCUUUUUCUCAGAGGAGAGAAAAACGGGUUUGAACGGUCUUCUUAUUGAUCACUUUCUCAUUACUGCGGGGAUCUCCGAUCUUGACCAUAAAGAACCAAAUGUCAGGCAAUGAAGGAGGAGCAGAAGGAACCAGAACACCAGCCAACAGUAAUGAUGAGCGCGGACCAAGAAUCUCCAUCGAUCAAAGAAGAACAGGAAGAGUUUUGCCUCUUUCAGGAUGAAGGGCAGCUUUUAAUUAAGCAGGAGAUAGAAACCGUUAUGGUGACUUCUGCCCAUGAGGAAGAUGUCUGCGAUGAACCAGAUCUUCAGCAGAUGAGGGAGAUCAGUGCAAAACCAGAACCUUUGCAGGUUAAAGAUGAUCUAGAACCUGUACAGAUUAAAGAAGAACACGAGGAGUCAGAAGCUGUACAGAUUAAAGAGGAAGAGGAUGAUCUCUGCAGUAAUCAGGAUGAAGAGCAGCUUCUAGUGAAGCAAGAGACUGAAACCCUGAUGGGGACUCCUUCAGAUGAGGACAGUAAACCAGAACCAAACAAAGACCAACUUUUUUCUGCAAACUCGCCUAUAGCUGAAAAUCAUCAUCAGCAAGGAAGCAAUGAGAAAGACUCCGGAUCAACUGAAGACAAAGAUCUGAAGCCAGGAAAGAGACGGCGUAAGAAAAAGUUGCCCUCCUGUGAAAUAUGUGGUAAAAGUUUCACUCAGCUUAGGUACCUGACUGCUCACCUAAGAACUCACAAAGAUGGGAAACCUUUCCAGUGUGAGACCUGUGGAAAAGGUUUCACCAAGCAGAACAAUCUGACUGUCCACAUGAGCAUUCACACGGGAGAGAAGCCUUAUCCUUGUGAACUGUGCGAUAAAUCUUUCAGAACCACUAGUCAGUGGGCCAGCCACACAAAAAUUCACAUAGCUGGGAAGCCUUUCCGGUGUGUGACCUGUGGAAAAACCUUUACCAAACAAAAUAACUUGACUAAACAUGUAAGAGUUCAUACGGGUGAGAAGCCCUACCCCUGUGAAUUGUGUGAUAAAUCCUUCAGAACCACAAGUCAAUGGGCCAGCCACACCAGAACCCACACAGGUGAGAAGCCUUGUUCAUGUCCGACAUGUGGAAAAGGUUUCUCCAGACGAUACGACCUGAAUGUCCACAUGAGAACUCACACAGGCGAGAAGCCCUUUUCAUGUCACAUUUGUGGAGAGCGUUUCAUCAGGAAGAUCACCUUCAAUUUUCACGUGAGAGCUCACACAGAAGGGAAACCGUAUACGUGUGAGGUCUGCGAUUCGUCUUUCAAUUACAGCUAUGAUUUGGCUCGUCACACGAGAAUUCACACAGGCGAGAAGCCGUUUUCAUGCCUGACCUGUGGAAAAACGUUCAGGGAACGAGGUAGUCUAAAUGGACACAUCCGAGUUCACACAGGUGAGAAGCCUCAUCUCUGUUUGGCUUGUGGAAAAAGUUUUGCUCGGAAGCAUAACUUAACUAUUCACAUGAGAACUCACACAGGUGAGAAGCCGUAUUCUUGUGAUAUAUGUGGAAGGUCUUUUACUGACAAUACUAUAUUGAUCAAUCAUGUCAGAACCCACUCAGGUGAGAAAUCUUUUUCAUGUCCUUAUUGUGGCAAAAGUUUCACCAAAAAAUACACGUUGACUGUUCACACGAGAACUCACACAGGUGAGAAGCCGUUUUCCUGCGAGUCGUGUGGCGAGGGCUUCAUUUCCAGAGGUAAACUGACUAAACACGUGUGUAACCAAAUGGAGAUGAAAGAGCAACAGCAGGAACCAGAAUCCCGGCUGAUGAUAAGAGAAGAGAUCAAAGAAGAAACAGAACCUCGACCAAUUAAAGAGGAACAUGUUGAAUUGUGCAUCUUUAAGUGUCAUGGACCACUUUUGGUAAAACCGGACACCAACAGCUUCAUGGUGACUCCUGUGUAUAAGGACGUACGGUGCCAGGAAUCGGAAGUGCAGCAGAUGAUGGAAAUUAAAGAGGAACAGGAGGAACCAGAACCUGCACAGAUUAAAGAGGAACAGGAGGAACCAGAACCUGCACAGAUUAAAGAGGAACAGGAGGAACCAGAACCUGCACAGAUGAAAGAGGAACAAGAGGAACCAGAACCUGCACAGAUUAAAGAGGAACAGGAGGAACCAGAACCUGCACAGAUUAAAGAGGAACAGGAGGAACCAGAACCUGCACAGAUUAAAGAGGAACAGGAGGAACCAGAACCUGCACAGAUGAAAGAGGAACAGGAGGAACCAGAACCUGCACAGAUUAAAGAGGAACAGGAGGAACCAGAACCUGCACAGAUUAAAGAGGAACAGGAGGAACCAGAACCUGCACAGAUUAAAGAGGAACAGGAGGAACCAGAACCUGCACAGAUUAAAGAGGAACAGGAGGAAAUCUGCUGUGAUCAGCAUGAAGAUCAGCUUGUAUUGAAGCAGGAGACUGAAGCCUGUAUAGUGACUCCUAUUUAUGAAGAAAAGGAUAACAGUGAACCAGAACCAAACAAGAACCAAGUCAUUUUUGCAAAUUUCCCUGAAGUUGAGAACCAACAUCAGCAAGGAAGCAACCAGAAAGACCCAGGAUCAGGUAGCGAUAAAGACCUGGAGCCAGAGAAGAGACAUCAGGACACCAGAAAUUAUGGGGACAAUGAGAACAAUCCAAAACCAAAGCGGCGUAAAAAGAUUUUGCCCACCUGUGAAGCGUGUGGGAAAAGUUUUACUCAGCUUAGGUACUUAACUGCUCACCUAAGAACUCACACAGGUGGGAAGCCUUUUAAAUGUGAGACCUGUGGAAAAGGUUUUAUUAAGCAGAAUAACUUGACUAAACAUGUGAGGAUUCAUACGGGUGAGAAGCCCUACCCCUGUGAAUUUUGUGAUAAAAAAUUCAGAACUAGCAGUCAGUGGGAUAGUCACACUAGAACCCACACAGGCGAGAAGCCAUUUUCAUGUCUGAAUUGUGGAAAAUGUUUCUAUCGACGAUAUGACUUGACUAUCCACACUAGAACUCACACAGGCGAGAAGCCCUUCUCUUGUCAGAUUUGUGGAGAGCGUUUCAUCAGAAAGACCACCUUUAAGAUUCACGUGAGAGCUCACACGGAAGAGAAACCGUAUACCUGUGAGGUCUGUGGCUCAUCUUUCAGGCUUGGCUACGAUUUGGCUCGUCACAUGAGAAUUCACACAGGUGAGAAGCCGUUCUCAUGCCUGACCUGUGGAAAAAGUUUCAGGGUGAGAAGUAGUUUAAAUGAACACCUGAGAGUUCACACAGGUGAAAAGCCUCACCUGUGUCUGACUUGUGGAAAAAGUUUUACUCGGAAGCGUAACUUGACUAUUCACAUGAGAAUUCACACAGGCGAGAAGCCGUAUUCUUGUGAUGUUUGUGGUAAAUCCUUCUCUGACAACACUGUACUGAUCAGUCACACAAGAACCCACACAGGUGAGAAGCCUUUUUCAUGUCAGGUAUGUGGAAAACGUUUUGCCAAGAAAUACACACUGACUGUGCACAUGAAGACUCACACACGCGAGAGGCCGUAUUCCUGCCAGUCGUGUGGCGAGGCCUUCACUUCAAGACGUAAACUGACUAAACACGUCUGCAGAGGUAAUCCCUAGAAUGUCCUGCAAACAUUAGCGAUGGAUGGUUUUAUGAAUGAAUAAAGAUCUCCAUCCCUGCUACACCUGGAGUCCCAGCGCCAUCUGCUGGACAUAUAAAAGCCACAGGAAGGUUUACUGUAGAUUCUCUAAAAUGGCUUCAUUCUUCUGGUCUUCUCGGAUGCUGGCGAUGUCCUCAUUAUAUUUUCUAUGUUGUUAGAAUAAUUAACGGUUUUGUGUAAUCACAGGUGGACUAAAGUCAUGCUUCGGUGUCCUGCUUACAUCAGCUGGACUUAAGGUUUCUUGAGGCUAGGAUAGAAGACCAACCCCUACAAAUGAUGAUUUUGUGCAUUGUUUUGCUGUUGGAUCAUCUUAUUGUCCCUAUAAACAUGAUGUUAGCCAUCAGUCAUAAUAUCAACUUUCAAUGUGGUUGAAUCUGUUUGAAAUGAUGUGCCUGACUCCUUCCUGCGACGCUGAUGGUCCGAAUCAUUGUUCAGUUGGUCGGCAUUCUAAAGAAUUCACAAAAUUCUGGUUUAACUAACUAUAACUGAUUGCAAAAUAUUCAUUUAAAGUAUUUCUCACUUGUGUAAUAAGGGUGGUGGUGCUUUUUGAUUCGAUUUUUGACUUAAUUGUGUCACAUCAAAGAAUAAAAGUUUUUUUAAUUUCAUUUUAAAUUCAACAAAUAAAAUGCAACAAGGUUUUUCUAACAAUAUUCUAUAUUGGCUGAUGGAGAUAGUUUGAUGUCAUUUUACUGACAGGAUAUCUAACAACUACUACAGGCAAAAGAGUUCAAAUGUUCAGUGCUGUAAGCAUCUGAGUUAUGUUCAUGUUGCAAACAGAAAGAAAUACAAUAUUCAUCAUUAAUGGAAGGUGACUGAAAAUACAUUUAAAUUAAGUUAAAUCCAUACUAAAAAUAUGAUGUUAAAAUAUACAGAUAAGAUUAUGUUGAAAAAAUAUUUACAGACUUGAGCUACAUGAGUGAGUGAAUGAAUAAAUGAAUGCAUGAAUCAUA